CCGGACGUUAUGCGUUUCCUUCAUUGUUGGUAAACGACGGUUGAGCAGCGUUACCCUCCCCGACACACACACACACACCGCCGGUGACUCGUCACUCCGCGCUGGAAGAUGGCUGCGGCGGACCGGCCCCCGGUCAGGGAAGGGAUCCGGAUAGUUUUACUGUGUGUGUGCUGGUACACGGUCAGCUCGGGGGGCAACAUCGUCAACAAAAUCAUCCUCAAUGGAUUCCCGUACCCGGUCACAGUCUCUCUGUUUCAUAUUAUUUCUAUCGUCGUCUUUCUCCCGCCGUUGUUGCGGGCAUGGGGAGUCCCCAAAACAGAACUGCCGAGCAGGUACUACCGGUGGUACAUCCUGCCUUUAGCCUUCGGAAAAUACUUUGCAUCUGUGUCGGCUCACUUCAGCAUAUGGAAAGUGCCCGUUUCAUAUGCGCACACCGUCAAAGCCACAAUGCCAAUAUGGGUUGUGCUGUUAUCAAGAAUUAUCAUGAGGGAGAAGCAAACCACAAAGGUGUACAUAUCGCUCAUCCCCAUCAUCGGCGGAGUGCUGCUGGCCACAGCGACUGAGCUGUCCUUCGAUGUUUCAGGACUAAUCAGCGCUUUGGCUGCCACGCUCUGCUUUUCUCUGCAGAACAUCUUCUCCAAAAAGGUGUUGCGCGACACAAGUAUCCACCACUUGAGACUGCUCAACAUCCUGGGCUUUAAUGCUGUUAUCUUCAUGCUGCCCACUUGGGUUCUGGUGGAUCUCUCUGUGUUUCUUGUUAAUGGAGACCUGUCGGACAUGUCCGGAUGGACGGGUACCUUUGUCCUCCUGCUCAUCAGCGGCUUCUGCAACUUCGCUCAGAAUGUCAUCGCCUUCAGCGUACUUAACAUCGUCAGCCCACUCAGCUACGCCGUCGCCAACGCCACCAAGAGGAUCAUGGUCAUAAGCAUCUCACUGCUAAUGCUGCGCAACCCGGUCACCCUCACAAACGUCCUGGGUAUGAUGACGGCCAUAGUCGGGGUCUUCCUGUACAACAAGGCCAAGUACGAUGCUAACAAGCAGAAGAAGCUGCUGCCCAGCGCCAAGCAGGACCUGAUGUCCUUUGACAACCCGGCGCUGGAGAAGAUCCAGGCCAACGGGUCAGUGCCUUUCUCCCACGGCUCAGAGCAGCAGCACAGCUGGAACAACGUGCUGACUGACCACUUCCAGUACAGCCGGCAGACCUACACGACAAACUACAGCAGCAACCACCAGUAUGUAGUGUAAAGGAGGAGUCUGUCCUCGCUCUGGGUCGCUGUCAUAGACUUUACUGUGUGUAGCCGCCCUCCCAGCAGUGGGUCUUCAAAGCCCCGCACACGAGACUGAAGGCAAGUGCUGUUUGUUCUGGAUAGGAAGAAUGAGAUAAGUCGGUCACGAUGGGCCAGUGACACAACCUCUCCCACGCUCCUCCCUGUCUAAACUUCACUUUCUGACAGCUUCUCUGUAUUCUUCUCGUCAUUUUUUAUUUAUUACUUUGGUGAGAAAAAACUAAAAACUUGUUUUCAGACAUUUUGGUGACAGAUUCAGCCAUGUUAUCCAGACACAGAAAUGUGCCACAACAGGUGGACAUGUAAAAGGUAGUUGAUUAUUUGCACCUUACUGUCUGGAAAUGUCUGAGUUUUGUUUUCACAACCAGCCAUCAUUUGUUUUCGGUUAUUUUAUUCACUUUCAGAGGAACGGAUGUAAGCUGUAAUCAUUUACUCUGAACACCAACUUGCACAGAAACAAGAGUGUCAUGUUCAAAGCUCAGUGGAAGACCAUAACAUUUUGGUUUUAGACAAUUCAUGUUUAGGGUUGUCAUUUUUCUUCAUGAGGCACCUGUAAUGAUGUGAGGAGAAACAAUCUGUUUGAUGUCCUCAGUGAAUAAAAUGGGCUCCACUGCUUAAAAGCUUAAGACAGAUGGGACUUGUUUGUGGACAGAGAAGGGUCGUAUGUUUCGUACUCAAUUUCCAAAAUUCGAAAUUACAAGUGCCCGAUGAAGAAAAAUGCCCACAUUUCAAAAUAAAAUGAAAAAAAAAUGUAACUGCAAGAAACUGUAAACUUGCAGAUCAGUAAAAUUUCAGUCACACUUGUGAGCAAGUGUUUUUAACUGCCACUGUCAAAGAACUUGCUAUUCUGAAACACACACACACAAAGCCUCCAUGUCUUUGAACUAAGAUCAACUUUAAUGAAAUCCAAGAGAGAGACCAGUUCUCUUACACAGAACAGUCAGUGACCUCCCACAGAUCUGUCCUUUUUUAUUAUUUCUUUUGUUUUCAUGGAGCUGUAAUGUAAACAAGUUAGACAGCUUCAUACUGUAAGGAUGCUCAUGUUUCAUGUUUCUUAGGGAGUUUAACCAUGUAAAAUGUAAGAGAUGUUAAAAUUCAUUAUUUUGCUGUCAUAGUUUGGAGUUGAAGAAUCGAUUUAAUUCGAUGCAUACUUUUUUUUUAUUGGUUAUUGGUAUUUAUUGAUCUGCAAAGCUUCUCAGGCAGUGAGAUUUUCUCUUCUGUCAGGCAAUUUUUCAGCCUGCACCAAAGCUACUCUGUCAUGUUUGGGUUUUUUUUUUUAAACAGAGGCACAUCAUGAAACAACAAAUGUGUUAUGCAGAUUGUGACUUUCUGUCAAGUGACUUUAUAGUUCUGGUGUUUUAAUUUAAAGCAUUUUUGUAACAUUGGUGUCAGACAGUCACUGGACAGACUUGAAUCAAAAUGAGACGUGCAUGAAAUCAGAGGUUUGGUUUGUGCGAUUAAAGACUGUAACCGUGCUUUCAGGUAGACGAGGUUUAUUUAUCAUUAUUGAUUACAGUGUCUGCAAAAUUGGUAACUAAUAAUCAUUUAAUAAUGAAAGCCUUUUUUUACUGCUUGAAGAACAAUUAAAUUUAGGAAACAUCAGUCACUUGCUUUUCUCCUCACAGGAUAGCUUGUGCUAUCUCUGAUGAACACUGAGCAUCUCACUGCAGCAAUAUAAAGUUUUUAUGAUCUUUUUUUGUGAGUCAAAUGUCUCAGCAUCUGAAAUCUACGUUGUAUUUCUGCUCAGUUAUUUUUAGGGACAACGCACUUUAACUGAAUUUUUGUGAAAGUGCCAGUUGUAGCCUGUGAGCUUAUUUUUUCAGCUGUAGUCCCUGGCAGAUGUGGGUAAGGGAAUAGUGCAGUUAUAUUCUAAUAAUAUGGCUUUUGUGUGUGUGUGUGUGUGUGUGUGUGUGUGUGUGUGUGUGUACUAUGUUUGCCUUCGACAAAUUUAAAACACUGUCACAGUAUGUAGUCUGGAGAAAAACUUCAAAAGAGGUCUGUGGGGUCGGUGCGCUCUGUGCUUCCCAGAGACUAGUAUCAAUAAUUGUCUGUUUACUCCUUUUUUUAAAUUUAUAGAGCAGACUAGCUCUUACUGCUGAGGCUGUAGUUUGUGGUGUUGGACUGCGUUAAAUUAUAACGUAUACCACAAACAUGACAAAGGAGUUGAAUCAAAAUCUAUGAGCCUGUCACCAUUGAUUUAAAAUGAUACAUUUCAUAAAGGUAGCAUUUAUCUACUGGUACAUUUUUGUUUUCAGUCCCUUUUUUUAACUGUUAAGAAAACCUCAGAACGUCAUUACCAACAUUUUACAUUAACAUUGAAUUAAAUGACUGUGUAAUGUGAAGGUGUUGCUCACAUAUAGUUAAAGGUAACUGCUCUCAUCAACUCCUGCAAGCAGCCGUUUAAAGCACCUGUGAUAAUCCCCACGUGUGCUACCUUCCCAACACCAAACGCAGACGGAUUACCUGAGUGGCUGGAGAACAAAGUGGAGCAUUUGACAGCUAAAACACCAGAUAUUUGUUAGGAGUAGGCAAAGACCCAACAGAGCUUAAAGCAGAGUGGAUAUCAUUCGUCAGGUGGCCAGAAACAUGUAGCUGUUUUCUAUUUUGCUGUAAGAAUUUCUACCACUUUAAUAUGAAUAAGCAGAUGUCUUAAAUGAAUCUGUCCAGAUAUUACUAAACACUAAGUACCGCUAGUCAGUCAAGGAGACACACACACACACACACGUCUUCAACUCUAAAUCAUGAAUCUUUACAGAACAUUUUUCAAACCGCUUUGUUCUUGCAUUUUUAUCUACAACAGGUGGAACUUAGAAAGCUGGUUGUCACACUGUUGCCUCGUUUUUAAAAAAAAAUAUAUUUUUAAAUAUCAAAGAGGGAAAUCUGCUCCCUUAAAUCAUCACAAAUGCUUUUUAGAAACAGUCUAUUUCAAAUCAAGAUUAGCUGGUAAUUGACUUAUUUCAAUACAAAUAGCUAUACAGUUAUUGUUAUUUUAUGGCAAAAAUAAAAUGCACACUUCAUCUGCAUAUCAGAUUGGUGCAGUAAAUCAUGUGAAGGAAAAUCCAUCAUCCAUCGUUGUGAGGGGUGAGUAAAUAAAAAAAAAAAAACUAAACUUGUCAGCUGCUGAGAAGUGAUUACAUGUUAGACAGUAGUGUGGCAUCGACACACAACAUCCAAACAAAACAAAUAAUUCAACAAAGAAACGACACAAUCUUUUCGUAGUUUAGGAACGUAAUAGUCACAUGAAAUCUGAACUUCAGAGUUUGUGCUCAUUUCCCCAAAUUCUGCGAUUAUAUCCAGAACUUUGGACAGUAACAAUCAACAUGUGGAUGCAUUUUAGCCAGAAUGCAUUGGGAGAAAGGAACAACAGUACACGUAACAUUUGAACCUUUAGUGGAUAAUCAGUGUCCACUGCUGCAGCCGAUGUUUUUAGACUCUUUGGGAUUUCUUUGUUUUUGUUCAUGUCCUUCCUCAUGUUGCCAAAAGCAGAUAUACGACCUUUCUGAUGCUGAUGCACCACAGGAUGGAGGCCUUGUUUGCAGGUGGACAAGAUGUAAAAAUGAAUGAACGACAACAUGUAGGACACAUGUUGUCGUUUAUGAAUUUCCUUAUGAUUUUGUUUUUCAGUGUCCUGCUGGCUCUUUGUUUCUGUACAGCAAGCUAAAGGGAGAACUGUUGAUUUGGCUCUCUCCUGUAAAGCUUUUAACUGGGAUGUAAAUGUUAAUGAAUGGAGGAAGGGGGGGUUACUUUGUAAAAUUAUUAUUUUUGUGCGUCUUUAAUGGAUCUUAAGACAGACUUUUUACUUAACUGAUGUUUAUAGAUUUUUAUUUAUGGUGUCAAGAUACAAAAAUGUUGUACAGAGGUGCAGCUAUGCACAGUCUUGUCUGCUUAUGUUUAGUAAAUGCUAUUUUUAAAUGUUGGGGGAAAAAAUAAAUGCAUUAUGGAAUAGUGAA